ACCACUCCUAGAGCAGCAAAAACACCAAAAUGAGUGAAAAGAACCCUCCUGGAGCAGCAAAAACAGCAAAAUGAAUGAAAAGAACCACUCCUAGAGCAGCAAAACCACCAAAGAGAGUGAAAAAAAACCAUCCUAGGGCAGCAAAGAGUGAAAAGAACCCGGGAGAGGCCGGGAAUGACCCGGGAGAGGCCGGGAAUGACCCGGGAGAGGCUGGGAAUGACCCGGGAGAUGCUGGGAAAAACCUGGGAAAAGCCGGGAAUAACUCGGGAGAGGCCCGGGAAAGGCUGAGAAUAUCCUGGAAUAUCCAGGGCCAGAGCCGUGCAGAGGGAAAGGCUGGGAAUUACCCGGGAAAAGACGGGAAUCACUCGGGAAAAGACGGGAAUCACCAGGGAAAAGACGGGAAUCACCAGGGAAAUGCCGGGAAUCCCCGGGAAGUGCCGGGAAUCGCCCCAAUCAAAGCGCUGGCGAGGUGGAAGUCGCUGCAUUGCUCGACCCCGGCAGCGCGGGGCCGUGCCCGUUCCCGUGCCUCAGUUUCCCCCCCGGAGCUGACGCGGUUCCGCCGAGCCCAGCCCGGCCCGGGACGGUUCCGGCCCCCUCGGGCUCCUCCCGGGCCCGACGGAGCCCGGGCUCGUUCCCCUCCCCAAAAACACCCCCGGACCCCCCCCGGGGGAGCCCGGCCGCAUCCACAGCUCCCACACAACAAAACAAGUAAAAAAGCACCAAACCCCCCCAAAACCCCCUUUUCAGGAGGAAAGAGCUAUUUUCCCCGCUCCUGCAAAGAAAUCUGCGUUAUUUUGGGGAGGUUUUUGCCGCCUCGCUCUCACCCCACCCCGGCAGCAUCGGGAGCGGGAGGCGCGGGUCUGGCGCAGCCGGGGCAUUGUGGGAAUAUCCCGAUCCCCGGGGAGGCCGCGGUGCCCCGAGCAUCCCCCGGUGCCCGAGCAUCCCCCGGUGCCCGAGCAUCCCCCGGAGGCGGCCCCGGUGCCCGAGCCCCGGGACGCGAGCGCUCACCCGGUGCCGCGGAUCCUGCGCUGCCGCCCGCGGUUCCUGCGCUACUCCCGGGCCCGGAUCCGCGCCCCGCGUCCGGCCCGCAUCCCUAG